AUGGAAUUGAUUCCAGAAAAUGAAAUUGAUGUUCCAGCUAAUUCUAGUUUUUACCUUCCGCACCAUUCAGUUCCGGAUGAUACUGUAAAAACGUUAGGUAUCCUGUGGCAUCCAGCUUCAGAUAUGUUUUUAUUCAAAGUCAAUUCAUCAUAUCCUGAAGUCUUAACCAAACGAACAUUACUUUCAAUAAUCGCAAAGACCUUUGACCCUCUUGGAUGGUUGGCACCGAUCACGGUUCGGUAUAAAUUGAUUAUGCAAAGAUUGUGGAAACAUCAGUUUCAGUGGGAUGAAAAGGUUCCUCCAGAUAUUGAAUGUGAGUGGAAACAACUUACAGAAGAUUUGUUAUUCAUUAAAAGUAUCAAAAUUUCACGAUUCUUGUUGGUUGAAUCAGAUAACCAGUUUCAACUGCACGGGUUUUGUGACGACGCCUCAGAGAAGGCCUACGCCGCUGCAAUUUAUUAUCGUUCUGUGCUAGAUACUGGACAAAUUAAUGUUCAGUUAGUGAUAGCCAAAACAAGAGUUGCACCACUAAAAACCAUAUCACUUCCCCGAUUGGAACUUUGUGGAGCAUUACUGUUGACUAAAUUAAUGGAUUUCACCUGUAGGGCUUUAAAUACUCCUAUAUCGCAAGUUUAUUUUCAUACUGAUUCCACUAUUGUAUUAGCCUGGAUAAGAUCUCAUGCAAGCCGAUGGAAGACCUUCGUCGCCAACAGAGUAGCAAAAAUCCAGACUUUAUCCUCUCCUGUCCAGUGGCAUCAUGUGAGUGGAAAUGCUAAUCCUGCUGAUCUUGCAACCCGUGGUGUGUCAUCAUCUGCACUGGUUACUUCAUUGUGGUUACGUGGUCCAGAUUUAUUGUAUAAUUUAUUUCUUUUUCAGCAAGCAUUGUCUGCACCACUAUUAAAUGAUUCUGUGCCAGAGCAAAGAUGUGUUUUUCAGUCAACAACUGCUGCCAGUCACUUGACAGACGCUCAUGAUUUAUUUUAUAAAUAUUCCUCUCUCACUAAACUUAAACGUGUUGUAGCAUUAUGUCUGAGAUUUGUAAAUAACUGUAAAAAUUCAGAAGAUCAGGUUAGUGGAUUUCUAAAAACAAGUGAAUUAACUAAAGAUAAUUUAGGUAUUCUCAGGGUGGGCGGUCGCUUGCGACAUGCAAACCUUGCAUAUGGUUUUAGGCAUCCAAUUUUGCUUCCAAAGAAGCACAUUUUAACUCAUCUCAUUGUUAGACAUUACCAUGAAAGACUUUUGCAUGCAGGUCCACAACUUAUGCAAUCUUGCAUUCAAGAACAAUAUUGGAUCAUAAAUGGUAGAUUUGUUAUCAGAGAUUUAGUUAGGAAAUGUAUAAAGUGUUGCAAAAUUAGAGCAUCUGUCACUAAUCAAUUGAUGAGCGAUUUGCCGUCUAGUCGCGUUUCGCCUGCUCCUGCGUUUUUGCGCUGUGGAGUGGAUUACGCAGGUCCUUUUCAAAUUAAAGCAAAUAGGGGUCGAGGCUCUAAGUCAUUCAAGGCAUAUAUGGCUCUAUUUGUUUGUUUUACGACAAGAGCUAUUCACCUAGAAUUAGUGACUGAUCUUUCAGCAGAUGCUUUUAUUGCAGCUCUUAAGAGGUUCAUUUCCCGCAGAGGCAAAAGCAGUGAUAUAUAUAGCGAUUGUGGUUCCAAUUUUGUUGGAGGAGCAAACGCAAAACUGAUGGAAUUUGAAAGGCUUGCUAGGUCUGCAACUUAUAACCAAAAUGUUAGCAGAUAUUUGGUUGAUAAUGGCAUUAAAUGGCAUCUAAACGUUCCAGGUGCGCCACAUAUGGGUGGACUCUGGGAAGCUGGCAUAAAAUCAACAAAAUACCAUUUAAAACGAGUAGUUGGUGAGGCGAGAUUGACAUAUGAAGAAUUUGAAACAUUUCUCUUACACAAAUAG